UCACCCACGCCCGCUUGUCCGUUCUCCUCUCUUAUUACCUUCCCUUCUCUCUUGACUGGCCUAGCUCUCACCAGUAUCCCCGAACAAAACCCAGCCACACUAACCCAACCCGAAUAUCCUCAUCUCUGACCCAAUCCUAAUCCAUCCCGAAUUUUUAUGCCAGAAUUAUGGAUAUGGAGAAGAAGAAUUCUGCUAAUUUCACGUAUAUGGGGAGGAGCAUUAGUGAUUUGAGUGUUAACGACGAUUCUUUAGCUUUCAGUGACUGUAACAGCGACAAAUCCGGAGAGUUCCCUGCUUCGGCGUCUCAGAGUCGAAGAUUAUUACUAUCCUGUGCAGCGGAUAAUUCCGAUGAUCUGAUACGCCAACUGGUAUCGGAUCUUGAGUCCUGUUCGAUUGACGAGCAAAAACAAGCUGCCAUGGAGAUCAGACUCCUCGCCAAGAACAAACCAGAGAAUCGCCUCAAAAUCGCUAAAGCUGGUGCAAUUAAGCCUUUAAUUUCGCUAAUUUCAUCGUCUGAUUCUCAGCUUCAAGAGUACGGUGUCACUGCUAUUUUGAAUCUAUCACUCUGUGAUGAGAAUAAAGGAUUGAUAGCUUCAUCAGGCGCGAUUAAGCCAUUAGUUAGGGCUCUGAAAACAGGGACAUCGACGGCGAAAGAGAACGCUGCGUGUGCUUUACUUCGUUUAUCACAAAUGGAAGAGAAUAAAGUCGCAAUCGGCCGGUCAGGAGCGAUUCCUCUUCUGGUAUGCCUGCUCGAAACCGGAGGAUUUCGCGGGAAAAAAGAUUCAGCAACUGCUUUAUAUUUGCUGUGCUCGGUUAAGGAGAAUAAAAUCAGGGCCGUCCAAGCUGGGAUCAUGAAGCCACUAGUGGAGCUAAUGGCUGAUUUCGGGUCAAACAUGGUGGACAAGUCAGCGUUUGUUUUGAGCAUGUUGGUUACGGUUCCUGAAGCGAAAACCGCAGUUGUUGAAGAAGCAGGGAUUCCAGUUCUGGUAGAGAUUGUUGAAGUUGGGUCGCAGAGGCAAAAGGAGAUUGCGGUUUCGAUACUGUUGCAGAUUUGUGAAGAUAACAUGGUGUAUUGCUCUAUGGUUGCUCGAGAAGGAGCGAUUCCUCCCUUGGUGGCUUUGUCACAAUCCGGCACUAAUCGCGCCAAGCAGAAGGCGGAGGCAUUGAUAGAGCUUCUACGGCAACUAAGAUCCGGUAACGCCGCUGCUAAAACGUCAGAUGUGUCAGUGUGAAUGUCCCUACCACAUGCCCAUGUGUAAUCAUACAUUUAUACAGUGCAUAGCUUUUAUGAAAGAAAAACAAUCUGUAAAUAUCUUUGUAACUGGGAGCUUGUAAAAUUCCUGCCAUCCUUCGGGUUUUGCUUUUGCGGAUUUUAAAA